ACUCAAAUUUGCACGCUCAAACGCGCACUAGAAAGCGCCCGCAGAAACACCAGAAAACAGAGAUUGUGAAUUGUGAUUGGAGAUGGAGGGAGCGGCGGAGAAUUCUAACGGCGUCAAUGUCGAGGUUGCUGGAGACGGUGAAGACAAGAAAGAUUUCUAUGCCAAGCGGACUUCUCGACAAGAAGAAGAGACCACUCUUUACACAGUUUUCAACCGUUUGAUUGCUGCGAUGUUCUUUCCAAGCUCAGCAUCUGCUCCUCUGCUUCGCCGGUCCAAAGCUGCUCUCUCCGAAAAUGUUCCUCUGCUUCGCCUUGCUACUAAGAAUACAGCUCGUCAUGUCCUCCUCUGGACUCGCCGUGGCUCCCCUCUCCGAGCCCUUCUCGUUGUUUCCGUUGGAACAAUUGCUCUUAUGGCUCUGACAGGACUUCUAGUUUUUAUGUUCUUCUAUCUUGCUGCAAAUGUAAAUGCAAUUGUGAUAUCUUCUCUCAUGUCAUUAGCAGCAGCUGGUGGAUUGUUGGCUAUCUUCUUUGCUUUUGUUACAGCCAUCUAUAUUGGUGCCUUGUCCGUUGCUGUGUUUGUUAUUUCUGCUACAACUAUUUCUGCAAUUAUUGCUCCUCUUAUUACCGCAGGUUGCUCCGUGAUUAUGCAGUUUCCUGACUGGCUAGAAGGUUUGGUGCGAGCGUCUUGGCAGGAGCUAACUUGCCAUAGUUAGACGAGAUCAAUGACGAUUAUCCAGGACAUGCCCUCCCAAACUCUUCUCUAGGAAAAAAAAUAAUCCAGGAGGACAUGAAUUGUCGCACGAAAAAAUGUAAUCUAUAACUGCUGCAUUCCCGAAGGUAUUCCCCAGUUAUCUUGUGAGUGUAUGUCAACAAUGUCGGCAGAAUAGUCACUGUCUGGCUGGCCUUUAUCUCUUUGAAGAAGAAAGCUUUGAUGUAUGUAAUCUUCGGGUUGGUACUACUGCCCAGAAUUGAACAAAUGAAAAUCAGAAACGCCUGCGUAACCGUGGAAGUGCAGAGAAA